AUGUUCGACGAAUAUGUCGAGCACUCAGGCAAUGCCGUUCCCGCGGCCGGUGUUGUCCAUCGAGCUGCGCUGAGCACAAUUGCCUACGAGGGAUUCGACGGCGAAUAUGGUGUUGACAGUAACGUUGCAGGAUUAUCGGCAACCGCCCUUCUCUCCCUUGGCCGUGUUCAGUAUACACCGCCAUCGCCCAUUCUCUCCGUCGCUGCCUCCCCUUCGACACUACUCCUCCUUCUGUAUCCUUCUACCCUUCUUCCCAUCGACCUCCAACAUCCCGAAGACCUUUACCCCCUCUCUCUUGCUCCCCCUCCCAAGCAGGGUCAAAAGGAGUUCGUCGCCAGCCGAGUCUUUUGUGACCCCGAGGGACGACACGUACUUGCGACAAGCGAAGCAGGGGACAACUACUACUUCUAUAACGGUGCACAAGAGCCGGGAAAACGGCGUUCUCGUCCCCUGAAGAGCCUCAAAGGUCAAAUUACAGCUGCGUGCUUUCCUCGAUCUUCUGCAUCCUCAAGCUCAGUCGGUCGACCUCAAGUACGCGAAGUACUCCUGGGUGUCUCUUCCGGUCAACUUCUUUCUGUUACUCUCGACCCCUCCGCCGACUCCAUUCUCUCCACCAUAGACCGGCAUGUUACCCCACUCUUUCAGCUUCCGGAGAAGGUUGCUAUCAGUGGAUUACAAGCUGAGUUCUAUUCCGACAAGGCACGAAGAUGUGGCGCCGUCGUGGUUAGCACAGGAGGACGUGUGUAUCAGUUUUAUGGGCCGCUAGGGGCUGGUGCAGGGACAGGGACAGGUGCAGGUGCAACGGGUGGGGGAUGGGAAGAGAUAUUCAAGGCGUAUCGGGAAGGAGCGCCCAAAUUCCUUGAACUGCCUCCCCCGCAUCCUUCAAGCUCCCUGCACUUUCUCUACCCUUCCCCACCGUCUACAGCCUCGGCGGCGUCUUCCCAAUCACAGCUCCCGACUCGCCUCGCCUGGCUGACCAGCUCCGGCAUAUACACCUCCCUUUUAACCUUCCCUCCUCUAUCCGGUUCCCAAGGGCCCAUCGACUCGGCCCGCCUAUUACCGUUCCCGGAGGCUACGUCUGGAACACCUGACGCCGAACCCGAGCUCCCGAUAGGGCUGGCGAUGACAGAAUGGCACUACGUUCUGCUUUACCCUUCGCACUUGGUUGGUAUCUCCCUGUUGUCCGAAAAGAAAGUGUGGGAAGAGCACCUGCCUCUCUUGCCAAGAGAGGCCGUCCUCGGUCUAGCACCGGAUGUCGGUCGGCACACCGCAUGGGUGUAUACUGCGCAGAACCUGUGGGAGCUGGAUACAGUGGGCGAAGCACGCGAUGUUUGGAGAGACUACCUUGGUCAAGGCAAGUGGGACGAGGCCCUCAAGCAUUGCACCACACCAGAGCAACGCGACGCAGUACAUGCCCAACAAGCAGAUCAUCUCUUCAAUUCUGGAAGGUACAUCCCCGCUGCGCACACAUACGCCCUCGCACCUCUCUCCAGGUCUUUCGAGUCGGUUACCCUUCACUUCAUAGAUUCUGGAGAACGAGACGCAUUGCGAUUCUACUUGUCGGCAAGGCUGGAGAGAACCAGAAAAGCGGAUGUGGCACAACGGUGUUUGUUGGCUACUUGGAUGGUCGAGGGGUGGCUAGCGAGGCUCGGAGAGGUCGAGGACGGAGUGGCGAGCUUCGGUAGGGAAGGAGAGGAGGGUGGGGAGGAAAGCCAUGGACUCGGGGACGCCAGUGCUGCUGCUGUUGGAGGACUUGGAGUGGACCAUUCGCAUCAGCAAAUCACGGUGCAAGCCAGGAUGGAUGGAGCCGCAAAGGAGAAGGAGGGAGAGGGAGAAACGAAAAGGGGGAGCACGGGCGAACUUGAGAACUUACUGAUGGAGCGUCAUUUGUUGGAGGAUGAGCUCAAGCAAUUCCUCAUCACAUACAAGGCCAAUUUGGACAAGAAGACCACCUAUGAGCUGAUCCUCGCGCACGGAAGGGCUGAUAUCUUCCUCCACUAUGCUUCUAUUGUUGGUGAUUGGGAGAGAGUGUUGGACCAUUGGGUGCUUGAGGAGGACUGGGAAAAAGCCUUGGCCGUCCUCAGUCGGCAGAGUAAAAUGGAUCUCUACUAUCGGCACGCCUCUGUUCUCAUCCGCCGUGCACCAAAAGAGACGGUCGAUCUAUGGCUGCGAGCUCCCCAGCUUGACCCCCUCAAACUCGUCGCUGCGCUGCUGCAGGCUCCUACGGCCGCUUCGAGCCAAGUGAACCAUGCGAUCCGUUAUCUGCACCAUUUGGUGUUCGAGCGAGGCAAUGCGGAUCCCAAGAUUCAUAAUCUCUUCAUUACGUUCUUGGCCACUUUAUCGUCUCCGACUGGUGGGGCCAAGACAAAUGGAACAACCACAAAUGGGGUCAACGGUGCUACAGGUGCUGUAUUGGGUACGGCCGAUGACCCAACCCCUGCAGAAUUGCUGCGUUUCCUCACUGCCGCCCCUGCCGAGCCUGUCACCGGGACGCCAUAUUACGAUCUUGACUACGCCCUUCGCCUGUGCAAGUCGCGCGGCCUUACUGGUGCAUGUGUCCUUAUCUACUCGCAAAUGGGCUUAUAUGAGAACGCUGUUGAGCUGGCUCUGGAACGCGGGGACGUGGAGCUAGCGCGGAUCAACGCUGACAAGCCGGAAGAAGACGAGCGGUUACGGAAGAAGUUGUGGCUCAAGAUCGCGAAAUAUGUUGUUCAGGACAAGAAAGAUAUACGGACGGCGAUGCAGUUUGUCGAAUCAACGAACCUGUUGUCACUUGAGGACAUCCUACCCUUCUUCCCGGAUUUCGUACUGAUCGACGACUUCAAGGACACGAUUAUCUCUGCUCUCGAGAGCUCUAGCGCUCACAUUGAGCGCCUUAAAAGUGAGAUGGAGGAUGCGACACGCAGCGCCGAGAGCAUCCGCGCCGAGAUCACGCAACUCAAAGACCGCUUCGUUACGGUCGAGAGGAACGAGCGGUGUGCACGAUGCGGGUUCGGCCUCCUCGCACGCCAGUUUUACGUGUUCCCGUGUGGCCACUCGUUCCACACUGACUGCCUGAUUGCACAAGGGACGGAGUACCUGCCUCCGCAUGCGCUCCGUCGCAUCCUGGGUUUGCAAAAUCAGCUUUUGCAGCUGACGCAACCAGGAAGCACGACUCCGAUCCCUGGCCUGCCAGGCGCCAACGGACCAGCCCAACGUGCCCUUCUCUCUGCGGCGUUUAACCCACAGAACCUCAACCUCGGCCAGGUUUCCAAGCUUGCCAAUCCGCUCGCAUUAGGAUCAGCCGGAAAGAAGUUUCUCACUACCGCCGGCGAAGGAUUGCGCGAUCUUAUCGUGCCCGAGAGCCUUGCGUCGGCAAUUGGUGCGUGGGGUGGGAGUGGUACGGGCCGACGAAGACGUGUUUCCACAGAGGACGAGGCUGGGCAGGGCGAGGAGGAGAAGAAGAUAGAGAGGCUCCGGGAGGAGCUCGACGAUCUGAUUGCGGCCGAAUGUCCACUUUGCGAGGGUGUGGUCGCCGGGCUGGACAAGGCAUUCGUAGAGCCUGGCGAAGUAGAUGAAUCAUGGGCACUUUGAGAAAGCCCUGUAUAUUGCGCCAAUGCACGGCCUUAGCGACGUUCGGCGCUCGUCGCGUCGUAGCCACAACUGGUUCUUCGACACUCGAUGUACUCGGACCCACCUCGGAUAUUCCCUCGCAAGCUGGCGCGUGCACGAGGCAUGUUCCCUGACACCCGCCCCCACUUUGUCAACAUCGGACGGAUCUUAGAUCCUUACCAAUCCCCCCGUGCCUACUUGAUUUCUUUUGUAUUUUAAGGAUCUUUUGGCCAUCAUUGGUCUAUUGUCAUA